UCUCGCAUACGUUGUUCCAUUGACUUGUAUCUCGGAAUUAUUAAAUACUCGUACUUGUUUAAAAGUGAUACUUAAAAGGCUAAUGCCUUCAACUGAGUAGUGAUUAAUUCUACACAGUAUAGAUUUUAAAAAUUCAAAGCAAAAUACAACAACGACCACCAUCAUUAAAAGUGUGAUAAUAAUACUUCUUAAAGAGCUGAUAGUAGUGAAACGUCUUGAAACUAUCACAUCACAAGUAGUGCGUUUCCAGUGUUUCAUUUUUUUUUAAUUUAUUCAUAUUUAAAUGCCUGCGUGUGUGUAUAGUUUUUAUAACGAUAAAUUUAUAUCUUUUAAAUAUUAGAAUACAAAGUGGUAUAUAAGUACAAAAAACAAAACAAAAAAAUCUUUUAAUUAAAAUGCUGGCUAAAUGUUUAAAAGUAACAUUGAUCAGUUUGCUGCUGACAAUUAGCAUUGUAAAUGCCUGCACUCGUGCUCCUACUCAUUUGCCACAUGGUCGUCGUACACGCGGUGAUAAUGGAUACAAAUUAAUUGUAGCCGAUGGCCCCAAUGGUUAUGUGCCAGGAAAAGCUUAUAAUAUUCUUCUACUCGGCUCUCGUACUCACACUAAAGUACAACAUUUUACGCACUUCACUAUCACUGCCGAAGCCCAUAUCGGUGGCAGACGUCCCAUACCGGCAAAUCCUAAACGUGUUGGACGUUUCCAAUUGUUCAGUGAUUCUCUAACCAAAUUUAGUGAUCGUUGUGUUAAUACCGUUGCUGAGGCUGAUGAUUUGCCCAAAACCGAAAUACAAGUUAUGUGGGUAGCACCCGAGGCUGGAUCUGGUUGUGUUUCCCUAUCGGCUAUGGUAUAUGAAGGACCACGUUCUUGGUUUUCGGAUGAUGGCCAAUUGACUCAGGUGAUAUGCGAAAAGAAACCCGAUGCAACGACCGUGCAAAAGGAAUGUUGUGCCUGUGAUGAAGCCAAAUAUAGUUUUGUUUUCGAGGGUAUUUGGUCGAAUGAGACCCAUCCCAAAGAUUUUCCCUUCACCGUUUGGUUGACUCACUUUUCCGAUAUUGUGGGUGCAUCGCAUGAAGCUAAUUUCUCUUUCUGGGGUGAAAACCACAUAGCUACUGAUGGUUUUAAGCUGUUGGCUGAAUUUGGUUCGCCUAGCGGUUUGGAGGCUGAACUUAGAGCUAAAGGUCCUAAAUUGCGCACUUUAAUUAAGGCUGCCGGUCUUUGGUAUCCCAAUGUGAAUUCAAAUGCUUCUUCCACUUUCCGUGUGGAUCGUAAACAUCAUAAAGUUUCUUUGGUUUCUAUGUUUGGUCCUUCUCCCGAUUGGGUUGUAGGUAUUAGUGGUGAAGAUUUAUGCACAGCCGAUUGUUCUUGGAAAGAAUCUUUGGACUUUGAUUUAUACCCCUGGGAUGCUGGUACCGACAGUGGCAUUACUUAUAUGUCUCCCAAUUUGGAAACUCAACCUAGAGAACGCAUGUACCGCAUUACCACCAUGUAUCCCGAAGAUCCUCGUUCUCCUUUCUAUAAUCCCAAAUCGAGAGAUAUGACUCCUUUGGCUAAAUUGUACAUCAGAAGAGAAAAGAUUAUUUCUAGAAAUUGUGAUGAUGAUUUCUUGCAGGCUCUACAAGUGGAGACUUCUGAUGCUAGUGAAGAUCAAGAUACUAGAGUGGAAUGUCGUGUUACUGACUACAGCGAUUGGGCUCCUUGCUCGGUUACUUGCGGCAAAGGUAUUCGUAUGCGUUCUCGUCAAUAUUUGAAUCCCGAGAAAGCUGAAAUGGCUAAGUGCUCUAGACAAUUGAUUUCAAAGGAAAUGUGUGUUGCUGAUAUUCCAGAAUGUGGAACCCAACAAGAUGACGAUGAUGAGGGUGAAAAUUUAGCCAAAUCAAUUUCUCUGGUCAACGAAAAUGGUGAUGGCGCUGGCGUUUGUCAAACCACAGCCUGGAGUCCUUGGUCUGAAUGUUCGGCUACCUGUGGUAUCGGUAUUACAAUGCGUACUCGUACUUUCCUCAAUCAUGUAGGUCGUAAACGUUGUCCCCAUAUAUCGGUGGUGGAAAAACAAAAAUGUAUGAAACCCGAAUGUACUUUCGAACAAAUUGAGUUGCCUGAUCCUAUGUGCCCUACCACACAGUGGAGUGAUUGGAGUCCCUGCUCGGCCACUUGCGGUAAAGGUGUAACUAUACGCCGUCGCAUUUUGCUAUUGGAAGAUGAAUCAGUUAAAGAGAAUUGUACCAAACGUAUGGAAUUGGAUCAGCAAAAGGAGUGUUCAGUGGCGCAAGAUUGUACCAUAACAUAUGAUAUGGCCAAGGAUAUUUGUGUGGAACGUUUUGAUACGGGACCCUGCCGUGGCAACUAUAUGCGCUAUGCCUACAAUAAGGAUACUGGACGCUGUGAAACCUUCACCUAUGGUGGCUGUCGUGGUAAUCGUAACAAUUUCCUUACCGAAAACGAUUGCAUGAACACUUGCAGUAUUUUGGGUGCAACACAGAGUUCUUCACCACAAAUAACUACUACUCGUCCCAUUACCACUUUAUCUUUAGCAACAGCUCAUCAUGCUAAAAUCGAUACAGAGGAUGGCAUACCCGAAGCUUGUGUUAUGACUGAAUGGUCUAAUUGGUCUGAAUGCAGUGUUCGUUGCGGUCUGGGCUAUUCACAACGUUAUCGUUAUGUUAUUAGUGAACCCAAAAAUGGUGGACAACCUUGUCCCAAGCGUGCCGUUAAAAGACGUCGCUGUACCAUGACCGAUUGCUGAAAUGGUCAAGGGGUUAAGUCCAAGCCUCAACUUAAUAAUGAAUGAAAUUUAUAAAUUUUUAACAAAUAUUUUUUUUGAAGAUUUGUAGUUUUCAAUGAAUAAAGUUAAAAGAAUUUCAUUAGAAGA